AGCCCCACUACCACACUGUUCUCGAUAAGUAGAGAUUAACUGGUUGCAACAUAACAAGAAUAUCCACACAUACAUGGUACAGACCAGAAGAGAAUCGAGAAUGGUUUGCAAAGGUUUUCUGCUAGCAACGCUUGCUGUUGUACUUCUGCUCCUGUUUCAAGUGACGGGUGCCAAAAAAACAAGACGCCAGACCGACUGCGAAGGAGAAAGUGGACGCUUCAAGCUCAGGCGUAGUUUUGUGUACAACUAUGAAGCUGUGACGGAGACAACUCUGGCAGCGCAAGGAAGCCGCUUCUGGUCCAAGUUGUCUUGUAAAUUACAGAUAAACUACCCGGCAGGAUGCUUGCUGUCCAUGUCCGUCAGUGACUGUACCUUCUCCUCGGUGGAAAGGGAGACCAAGCCGGCCACAGGUGACUGGCGACCCCUGCCACACUCAGACGAGCUCGCGCGGGAGCUGGAGAAAUACCCACUCUACUUCCGACAGGAGAAUGGUCUCAUCACCAGACUGUACCCACUUGCUGAUGACUCCGCCUAUCUUGUCAACAUCAAGAGAGGAAUGCUGUCCCCCUUACAGCUGCGGGUAACGGACGGAUACGUGCCGGACUCUCAGUCACACAGCUACCUAGGUGCACAUGGCCGCUGUACCGCUGACUACAGCGUGACAGAGCGCGGGGCGGCCUCUGACACUCCCAUCAAGAUGACGGUCAGCAAGAACCUGGCUCAAUGUGUCCAGCCCACAUCGGACGAGGAAAACAGCAUCCCUAACGGGGCGACGCAGGAGUGCGAGUACACGCUCAAAUCGUCCGGCUCGGGCAUGAUGGAUCACGUGACGUGUCGGGAAACGUUCCCAGCUCGUCCCCAGGAUGGUGAUGAUGCCAGAACUUCAGUCAUCGUCCAAAAACACAGACUCGUGCAUGUCAAGUCACUGCCGAGCUCAGUUACCAUAAACCUCGAUGGAACAAGGAUAUCGGACCUGGCCUAUGAAGAGGGAGGAGGAACCCCAUACGAGGAAGCACUAGAUUCUCUCGGAGAAGAAUACUCAGACGAAGAGUGUCGUGUGAAAGUCGGGAUUGAAUCGGGCUUUAUCCUGGACACUCAGCUGUCUGCGUCAUCCUCGCACGACAACUCGACAGGCCCCGAAAAUGCCCGAAUCGGUAUGCCAUCGGCUUGGGUCCCCGCCGAGCAGAAUAAAAGACAAUGGUUUCAGGUGGACUUCCGGAAACGCCGAGUCCUGACGGGAGUCACCACUCAGGGACUUGGUAACUCCAACCAAUGGGUGACAAGGUACAAACUAGAGCAUCGGAAAGACGACACCGCUGAUUGGACCACAGUGACAGAGGAGGACGGCCAGGAAACGAUUUUUGAGGGGAACUCAGACGACAGCACCCCCGUGACGCGGUAUCUGUCUCAGCGCAUUAAUACACAGUUCGUGCGCAUCCGGCCUGAACGGUGGCACGGUGGGAUCGCUCUGCGACUGGAGAUCCUGGCUUGUCCUAGAGACACAAACUGCACAGAAGCCUUUGCUGGAGGAAUGCAGACCUGUUACGUCAGGCGGGACGAAGAGGCAGCCGCUACUACAGAGAACAAUGAUGACAAAGGAGGCGAUGACUUCUGCAGGACCGAGAAGUGGUUGUACGACUGCUUUGAGGACGCCCUGCGUGGAUCCAACUGCCCGGACGACCAGGAAGUGGAACUGAGGAACAAGUACAUCUCCACUGGUGCCGAGCUGGUGGAGAUGAUGUGUGCCGAGCCGACUGAGGACGAGGACUAGCACGUUCGAUCAAGUGCAGUAGCAUAGGAAGGCACUGGCAUAAUUCUAAGGAUUACAUCUCCGGGCGUCCUAGAAUUGAUGUGAGCGUGAGAAAAAUGUUUGACAAGAUGAACUAGAAAAUAUGUCUGGAUUUUCAAAACAACAGAUUCACGAAAACCAUAACCAUUUCAUUGAGGUAUGAUCGACCUUCAAAUUUUGCCCGUUCAGCAAUUAAUCAAAUCCAUACCCCGAUGUAUUUCAUCGUUGUUUAUCAAAUGUUUGUAUGUAUGUAUUCAAUGCAAUAAACGACUCAAUAGCAGAAA